AUGAACGCAGCCGGGACCCAAGCUCCAGAGGCCGCCGGUGCCGACGGGACCAGACUGGCGCCCGGCAGGAGCUCGCGUCUGGGGUGGCGGGGGCGGCCCGAGGAAUCACAGGCGGCGGCGGCGCCUCUCGAAGCGGACGAGUGGCCGGCGGCCGGGGCGCCGCCGCGCUUUCCCCCCGCUCCUCCUCCUCGUCCUCAUCCCGCCACGACGUCCGGCCCGGCCUCGGGCUGGCUGCGGCGGCGGCUCUGGGCUCCGCUGCUGGUGCUCGGGCUGCUGGUGGCCGGCACGGCGGACGGAUGCGAGCUGGUGCCCAGACACCUCCCCGGACGGCGGGCGGCGGGCUCUGCUGCGGCGGCCGCCUCCCCUGCCCCUGCCGCGGCGGCGGCGGCGGGCGACAGCUCGGUGCUCAUGACAGAUCCAUGCAUGUCACUGAGUCCACCAUGCUUCACAGAAGAAGAUAGAUUUAGUCUGGAAGCUCUUCAAACAAUACAUAAACAAAUGGAUGAUGACAAAGAUGGUGGAAUUGAAGUAGAUGAAAGUGAUGAAUUUAUCAGAGAAGAUAUGAAAUAUAAAGAUGCCACUAAUAAACACAGCCAUCUGCACAGAGAAGAUAAGCACAUAACUGUUGAGGAUUUAUGGAAACAGUGGAAAACAUCAGAAGUUCAUAAUUGGACCCUUGAGGACACACUUCAGUGGUUGAUAGAAUUUGUUGAACUACCCCAAUAUGAGAAGAAUUUUAGAGACAACAAUGUCAAAGGAACAACGCUUCCCAGGAUAGCAGUGCAUGAAUUUUCAUUUAUGAUCUCUCAGUUGAAAAUCAGCGACCGGAGUCAUAGACAGAAACUUCAGCUCAAGGCACUGGAUGUGGUUUUGUUCGGACCUCUAACACGCCCUCCUCAUAACUGGAUGAAGGAUUUUAUCCUUACAGUUUCUAUAGUAAUUGGUGUUGGAGGAUGUUGGUUUGCUUAUACGCAGAAUAAGACAUCAAAAGAGCAUGUUGCAAAAAUGAUGAAAGACUUAGAGAGUCUACAAACUGCAGAGCAAAGUCUGAUGGACUUACAGGAGAGGCUUGAAAAGGCACAGGAAGAAAACAGAAAUGUUGCUGUAGAAAAGCAAAAUCUGGAGCGCAAAAUGAUGGAUGAAAUCAAUUACGCAAAGGAAGAAGCUUGUCGACUGAGAGAGCUGAGGGAGGGAGCUGAAUGUGAGCUGAGUAGACGUCAGUAUGCAGAGCAGGAAUUGGAACAGGUUCGAAUGGCUCUAAAAAAGGCGGAAAAAGAAUUUGAACUCAGAAGCAGCUGGUCUGUUCCAGAUGCACUUCAAAAAUGGCUUCAGCUAACACAUGAAGUGGAAGUCCAGUACUACAAUAUAAAAAGACAGAAUGCUGAAAUGCAGCUAGCUAUUGCUAAGGAUGAGGUUGCUGCUUCAUAUCUGAUUCAGGCAGAGAAAAUUAAAAAGAAGAGGAGCACAGUCUUUGGAACUCUACAUGUUGCACAUAGCUCCUCCUUAGAUGAGGUAGACCACAAAAUUCUGGAAGCAAAGAAAGCUCUUUCUGAGUUGACAACUUGUUUACGAGAACGACUUUUUCGCUGGCAACAGAUUGAGAAGAUCUGUGGCUUUCAGAUAGCCCAUAACUCGGGACUCCCCAGCCUCACCUCUUCCCUUUAUUGUGAUCACAGCUGGGUGGUGAUGCCCAGAGUCUCCAUUCCACCCUAUCCCAUAGCUGGAGGAGUAGAUGAUUUAGAUGAAGAUACACCCCCAAUAGUGUCACAGUUUCCCGGGACCAUGGCUAAACCCGCUGCAUCACUGGCCAGAAGCAGCAGCUUGUGUCGCUCCCGCCGCAGCAUCAUGCCGUCCUCCCCCCAGUCUCAGCGAGCUCAGCUUCCUGCUCACACUCCUCAUCCGUCACACCCGCGGCACCCCCACCAUCCGCCACACACGCAGCACUCGUUGCCUUCGCCUGAUCCAGAUAUCCUCUCAGUGUCAAGUUGCCCUGCUCUUUAUCGAAAUGAAGAGGAGGAGGAGGCCAUCUACUUCUCUGCAGAAAAGCAAUGGGAAGUGCCAGACACAGCUUCAGAAUGUGACUCCUUAAAUUCUUCCAUUGGGAGGAAACAGUCUCCUCCUUCAAGCCUUGAGAUAUACCAAACAUUGUCUCCUCGAAAAAUAUCUAGAGAUGAGCUCUCUCUAGAGGAUUCAUCGCGAGGAGAUUCGCCCAUAACUGCAGACAUCUCGCGGGGUUCUCCUGAUUGCGUGGGUCUGACAGAAACUAAGAGCAUGAUCUUCAGUCCUGCCAGCAAAGUAUACAAUGGCAUCCUGGAAAAAUCGUGUAGCAUGAACCAGCUCUCCAGUGGCAUCCCCGUGCCUAAACCUCGCCAUACGUCGUGUUCCUCCGCGGGCAACGACAGCAAGCCAGUGCAGGAAGCCCCGAGUGUUGCCAGGAUAAGCAGCAUCCCCCAUGACCUUUGCCAUAAUGGAGAGAAAAGCAAAAAGCCAUCAAAAAUUAAAAGCCUUUUUAAGAAGAAAUCUAAGUGAACUGGCUUGGCUGACUUGGUGUAAUUCCAUUCAAGUGACAUCUUUAAACUUUUAUCUCCCAUCCUUCAGUCCCCGUUUUUUGUUUUAAUUUUAGGAAUGUAACUCCGUUGAGGCUUUCCAGACUGGAUGCCAUAGUGGAAUGUCCUUAAGGGCAACUGUC